CAUGGCGAGGUCCCAGCUCAGCGCCCCCACGUCGGCCGAGGCCGAGCUGCUGCUGCUGCAGAGACAAGCGCUGGUUGAGGAGGAGCAGGCCAAAGUCAAGAGGGCGCUGCUCACCCGCUUCAUGCAGGAGAAGCUGAGCCGGGAGGAGCAGAGCAGCCUCUGGGGUCUCCACAAGGUCCGCACGCUCUGGCGCUCAGCCCAACGCAAGGCCAAGGACAAAGAGCUGCGCCAGGACAUCGAGAUCCUCAGCCAGACCUUCUCCAGGGUCAUGGACUGCAAGGAUGGCACCAUUGAGGUGACUCUGGGUGCUCUUCACGGGCCCUCUGAACAGGGAGAAGCUGUGAGAAUGUUCAUGGUUUCAAUCCAAACAGCUGAGUUUCAGGAGAAGGUCCAGUCCCUGGAGAUGUUGGUCUGUGACAUUCCUGGUUGUCUUGGUUUGGAAAGACAGGUGUGUGCUAAAGAAGGCAGGAGCCUCCCCUAA